AUGUCGUCCUCGCUCCUGCGGCUCGCUGCCUCCGCGCGGCCAGCCCCGGCAAGCCUCUCCAAGAGAGCGCUCUCGACUACUCGCAUCGUCCGCGAGGCAGCACCGGCGACGCCUAACCUUGGCACCGUGCCACCGCCCAAGAAGCCCGUGGGUGCAUUCCGAGGAGGAGUUGUCGGCUUUCUCUUUGGCUUCUCCCUGGCGUCGUCUCUCGCCGCCUAUCACUUGCUUGAGGAGUACAAGCUCGCGUCCGCCGCGCUGCAGGCGAGCGUGGAGGAGCUUCAGCUGAGCACGCAGAAGGUUUCUGCACAUGUUAGACGGAUCGAAGCGGUAGAGAAGGAGCUAAAGGCGUUGUCGGACACGGCAUCCUCGAAGGAGGACCUCUCGAGGUUGCGGGCGGAGAUGAAGAAGCUAUACGAUGGCCUCCAUGUCGAGUUUCUCGACUUGCGCUCACACGUUUGGGGGAUCCAGCAGGACGUGCAUGCCUUGUCGAAAAAGAAAUCGACCUCUGUUCAUGUCGUAUAG